GACAACAUCGGCAAUCAUGGCGGCGACAGGGGUGUUACCUUUUGUCCGAGGAAUCGACUUCACAAAAAAUGAUUUCGAGACAGAAGAAUUUCCUGCAUCAGUGGGGAAAAUGACUGGCUUGCGAUGGCUGAAGCUGAACAGAACAGGACUGAAGAGCAUACCAGAGGAGCUGGGCAGUCUACAAAAACUGGAACACCUGCACAUGAUGCACAAUGAGCUGGAGAAGGUGUAUGGCGAGCUGACGCAGCUGCCGUCACUGCGCUCGGUCAACCUGCGUCACAACCGCAUCCGCACGUCGGGCCUGCCGGCCGAGGUGUUCCACUCGGAUGAGCUGACCACGCUCGACCUCAGCCACAACGCGCUGAAGGAGGUGCCCGAGGGGCUGGAGCGGGCGCGCUCCCUGCUCAGCCUCAACCUCAGCCACAACCAAAUUGAGGUCAUUCCCAACCAACUGUUUGUCUACGUCAACGACAUCCUCUUCCUGGACCUGAGCAACAACAAGUUCGAGUCGCUGCCGCCGCAGACACGGCGCCUGGUGAACCUGCAGACGCUCAUUCUGAACGACAACCCCAUGGGCCACUUCCAGAUGCGGCAGCUGCCGGCGCUGACCUCGCUGCAGAGCCUGCACAUGGCCAACACGCAGCGCUCGCCGGCCAACCUGCCGCCCAUUCUGGACCAGCUGGUGAACCUGACCGAGGUCGACCUGUCGCGCAACCGGCUGACCAAGAUCCCCGACUGUCUGUUCACGGUGCCGAACCUGCGCCGGCUCAACAUCAGCUCCAACAAGAUCGGCGGCGAGCUGAAUGUGGCCGUCGACCUGUGGACGCGACUGGAGGUGCUGAACGUGUGCCGCAACCAGCUGGUGUCGCUGCCGCCGUCGCUCUGCAAGCUGACCGCGCUGCGACGGCUGUACGUCAACGAGAACCGGCUGGACUUCAACGGCGUGCCGUCCGGCAUGGGCAAGCUGGCGGCGCUCGAGGUGUUCUCGGCCUCCCACAACCGGCUCGAGAUGAUCCCCGAGGGACUCUGCCGGUGCGGAGCGCUGAAGAAGCUCAUCCUGACCUCGAACCGGCUAGUGACGCUGCCCGACACCAUCCACCUUAUCUCCGACUCGCUGGAGGUGCUCGACCUGCGUGACAACCCGGACCUGGUGUUCCCGCCACGGCCGGCCUCCAUGAAGCAGGGCGCCGGCGUCGAGUUCUACAACGUCGACUUCUCGCUGCACAACCAGUUGCGUCAGGCCGGCGCCGCCAAGGACCUGCCGCCCGCCCUCGCCGGCCCUAGCAAGGACCCGAUUGCACGCAAGCUUCGGCUGCGGCGGCGCAAGGACACCAACGACUCUGACAACCAGGACUCGGCCAAGAUACUCAAGGGCAUGAAGGACAUCGCCAAGGAGAAGGAGAAGACCACCAGCCAGGAGGGCGGCGCUCUGUAUGAGUCGCUCAAGCCGAAGAAGUGGGACGAGUCGCUGGAGAAGCCGUCGCUGGACUACUCUGAGUUCUUCGAGCCGGACGUCGGUCAGAUCCCGGGCCUCACCGUCUGGGAGAUCGAGAACUUCCUGCCCAACCAGAUCGACGAGAGCAUCCACGGCAAGUUUUACGAGGGCGACUGCUACAUCAUCCUGAAGACCUAUCUGGAUGACUCGAAUGCGCUGACCUGGCAGAUCUACUUCUGGAUCGGCGAGAAGGCGACGCUGGACAAGCGGGCGUGCUCGGCGAUCCACGCAGUGAACCUGCGCAAUAACCUGGGCGCCGACUGCCGCACCGUGCGCGAGGAGCAGGGCGACGAAUCGGACGCGUUCCUCGACAUGUUCGGAGGCGAGAUCUCCUACAUCGAGGGCGGCAGGACCACCAGCGGCUUCUACUCGGUGGAGGACGUGGAGUUCCCCACGCGCCUGUACCGGGUGCACCCGAACGGCACCGGCCUCCACCUGGAGCCGGUCGAGGUCAGCCCGGAGGCGCUCGACCCGCGCUACGUCUUCCUGCUCGACGGCGGCAAGCAGAUGUACGUGUGGUACGGGCACAAGUGCAAGAACACGCUCAAGAGCAAGACCAGGCUGAUGGCUGAGAAGGUCAACAAAAACGAGCGCAAGAACGAGUCGGACAUCGGCACGUACCACCAGGGCGAGGAGUCGCCCGAGUUCUGGGCGCUGAUCGGUGUGCCCGACGACGAGGAGCCGCCCGCCGAGGACGAGAUAGAGGAGCACGUGCCGGAGGACUUCAAGCCGAAGAGGCCGCACCUCUACCAGGUGGGCCUGGGCAUGGGCUACUUGGAGCUGCCGCAGGUGGAGCUGCCGCAGGGCAAGAUGACCAAGGAGCUGCUGGUCAGCAAGCACGUCUACGUGCUGGACUGCUUCGGCGACGUGUUCGUCUGGAUCGGCAAGAAGUCUACCCGGCUGGUGCGCGCCGCCUCGCUGAAGCUCUCGCAGGAGCUGGUCUACAUGAAGGACCGCGGCCUCAACGCCAUCGUCACUGUCGUCAAGGAGGGCACCGAGUCGCAGGUGUUCAAGUCCAAGUUCGUCGGCUGGGAUGACGUGAUCGCCGUGGACUUCACGCGAACGGCUGAGUCUGUGCGCCGCACGGGCGCCGACAUCCAGCAGUGGGCGCGCCGACAGCAGACGCGCACCGACCUGUCGGCGCUCUUCACGCCCCGGCAGGCGCCCGUGCCGCUGGCCGAGGCGCAGCAGCUGGUGGACGAGUGGAACGAGGACCUCGAGCAGAUGGAGACGUUCGUGCUCGAGGGCAAGAAGUUCGUCCGCCUGCCCGAGGAUGAGUUUGGCCACUUCUACUCGGCGGACUGUUACGUGUUCCUGUGCCGCUACUGGGUGCCCGGCCCCGUGGAGGAGGGCGAGUCGGAGGAGGACGUCGAGGACGACUUCCAGUGCGUCGUCUACUUCUGGCAAGGCCGCCACGCCUCCAACAUGGGCUGGCUCACCUUCACCUUCAGUCUGCAGAAGAAGUUCGAGUCGCUGUUCGGCGAGAAGCUGGAGGUGCUGCGCAUGUAUCAGCAGCAGGAGCCGAUGAAGUUCAUGUCGCACUUUAAGCGACACUUCGUCAUCCACCAAGGUCGGAGGAAGGCGGCGCCCCCGCUGCCCCGACACCAGGAGCCGGCCGCCGACGCGCCGGCCGGCCCGGCAGUCGAGUUCUUCCACCUGCGCUGCAACGGGAACGCCAUCUGCUCGCGCUGCGUGCAGGUGGCGCCCGACGCCAGCCUGCUCAACUCCGAGUUCUGCUACAUCCUGAAGGUGCCGUUCAGCCAGCCUGACCAGGAGCAGGAGACGGGUAUCGUGUACGUAUGGCUGGGCUCAAAGGCAGACCCGGAGGAGGCGCGACUGGCGGAGGAGAUCGCCACCGAGCUGUACGACACGGAGCACUACAGUCUGCAAGUGCUGAACGAGGGUGAGGAGCCAGAGAACUUUUUCUGGAUUGGCAUCGGCGGCAAGAAGCCAUACGAGACAAGCGCCGACUACAUGCGUUACAGCAGGCUCUUCCGCUGCACCAACGAGAAGGGCUACUUCUGCAUAUCGGAGAAGUGCAGUGACUUCUGCCAGGACGAGCUGGACGACGACGACAUCAUGAUCCUCGACAACGGGGAGCAGGUGUUCCUGUGGAUGGGACCGCGUUGCAGCGAGGUCGAGGUCAAGCUGGCCUACAAGAGCGCCCAGGUGUACAUCCAGCACCUGCGUGUGAAGCAGCCGGAGCGGCCGCGCAAGCUGUUCCUGACGCUGAAGGGCAAGGAGUCGCGCCGCUUCUACAAGUGCUUCCACGGCUGGAGCGCGCGGCCACAGAGCAGCGCGUGCUAGGCGGCUGCCUGCGCCGCGCCCAGGGCGGUCGCUCGUCCGAAACGACAGACGGUGCCGCACACGCUGUCCGCAACGUUUUUUUUUUUUAGGGGGACGAUGUGGACGUGAAUCGAAAACGAGAAUCGUGAAUCCGGGGGGGAGGGGUUGGCUGUGCUGCAAAAGCGCAACCAGGGUUUUCUUGUGGGAGGGCGACUUGAAGUUCAUUGAGAACGCAUGCUGAUUUUAACUUUGUCAUGAGCUGCCUGUGGUGCUAGAAAUGCAGACCUAACGGGGUGGGGGCGGGCUCCCCUGUGCCUAUCGGAGAUUGGGGGGCGCCCCUUCCUCCACCGGCUCGCGCCCAAGGCACAAGCCGUGGCGCGCGACGACGCAGUACAGCAGACGGGGGAGAGACGUCGUUCGGCAGCGGUGAGCAACCACUGCCAGCGCUGUCCCGCGCCACCGGGUUACGGGUUCGAGCAUUGUUACCGAUGGUGCGCCCCCGUACCGUACUGUUUAGGUCAGCGUGAGCGAUUGCAACGCCAAUAAUACAGCAGCGGCACUCGCCGCGGAACGGGCGAUUACUACCAAGCGAAAUGAAAAUGAUUCGCCACGGCAUGAGAAACAAGAAGAUUUUGAAGGCGUGUGGCAUCACUUCCGCGCUGCCAUACCAGGGUCUGUGCCCAGCAGUCCCCGUAGCUUUAACUAACCAACCGUGGUUUUCGUUCAAACUGUAGCUCCGUGGUUUGUUUUCGUGUUUGUCUUGUGCCUUCGCCGUGCCCCUGCGCGGCACCUGAUGUUGACGAAUGCUGGCCGUUGCUUUUACACCGAGUAUUUAUUAGAAAUAAAGCUGUGAUAUCGCCA